GGCGCAGGGGGGGUGGGCCUGGGGUGGGCCGUCCCACUGAGGAUGUCUCGUGUGUAAACUUGUCUCUCAGUUAGAACUCCCCUGGCCUGACAACAUCUCACUUCUCUCUUGAUUGCUGGUGUGAAGCUGAAGACUCUGAGGAUGAGGGUUUGGAUCGUCGUCGCCCUGUGCCUGGCUGGCCACGCCAUGGCUGCUCCCACAGAGGAGGAGCUCAUCGUGGAGGAGGAGCCCAUGGUAGAAGAGGAGCUGGUCGUUGAGGAGGCUGUUCCCGAGGAGGAGACCACGGUGGGCAUCAACCCUGUGCAGAUUGAGACCGGAGAGUUUGACGAGGCCAUCCAGAUCGAGGAGGACUUCCCAGCUGAGAACCCCUGCUUGAACCACCACUGCAAGAAGGGCAAGGUGUGCGAGAUUGACGAGGAAAACAACAGCCCGAUGUGCGUCUGCCAGGACCCGUCCAGCUGCCCCGCUGCCGCCGGAGAGUUCGAGCACGUUUGCGGAACCGACAACAAGACAUACGACUCAUCCUGCCACUUCUUCGCCACCAAGUGCGCCCUGGAGGGAACCAAGAAGGGACACAAGCUUCACCUUGACUACCUUGGAGCCUGCAAAUUCCUGGAGACCUGUGUGGACGCUGAGCUGAGUGAGUUCCCCCUCCGAAUGAGGGACUGGCUGAAGAACGUUCUGGUCACUCUGUUUGAGCGCGACGAGGACAACAACCUGCUCACCGAGAAGCAGAAAGUCAGAGUGCAGAAGAUCUACGAGAAUGUCAAGCGUCUGCAGUCCGGAGAGCACUCCCUGGACCUCCUGGCCCAUGACUUUGAGAAGAACUACAACAUGUACAUCUUCCCCGUGCACUGGCAGUUCGGAGAGCUGGACCAGCAUCCCGCCGAUGGGUUCCUGACCCACACAGAGCUGGCCCCCCUGCGCGCUCCUCUGAUCCCCAUGGAGCACUGCACCACUCGCUUCUUCGACGAGUGUGACGCUGACAGCGACAAGUACAUCGCCCUGGAGGAGUGGGCCGCAUGCUUCGGCAUCAAGGAAGAGGACAUCGAUAAGGACAUGGUUCUGUAAGACAGUCUUGGCGAUUCCUGGUUCCCUAGUAAAUUAAAAAACCCAGUAAUGGUGCUAACUGCAGGUUAUUUUUUUUUUCUAUAACAACCUCUCCUACCUAUACCACUAAAGCAUUUGUUAGAAUAACUAAAGAAGUGCACAAUCUGUACACACCCAAGGUGUUUACAAGCAGCUUCCAUUCAUUGGUUAAAAUCAAACUCUCCAAAAAGACAAUUCAAAUGACUUUAAGAUUAAUAACAUCAGACGUAAAUGUGUUCUGUUCUGUUUGUCAGCUCUGUACCAUAUCUAAUGUGUUGGUUUUUUGGUAAUUCUUUCGGGCAAUUAUCUGAAAUAGAAACAAAACAUCCUGCAAAGAGACCAAGUUGUAAAAUUAAAAAAUAAAGUUUUAAAUAAAUAAUUCCCUCAGCUUGCUUCCUGACCUCGGACUAGUUUGGUCCUCUUCUGGUGGUGCUGUUUUUUUUCGUUUGUGCGUGUCCUUGUUUCUUUGUGCAUCUCUUUUUUGACUCGACUACUGUUUCCCCUCAUAAAGUCAAGAACCAACCUUUUUUAUUAUUUUUUAAUAUUUGGAAAAUUAAAGAAAAGAUGUAUUCUGUGACAUCAUUGAAGGUGGUAAAGAAAUUCAGGGGUAAAUUUUGCAUAGAGUCAAACACGGGUUUUUGAGUUGAUGCUUUGCCCAAAGGCCCGCUUGGACUUUAUGACACUCCAGAUAUACCGGCAUUGAUAUUGUUUCAACAUGUUAUAAUUAGUAGACGAUCUCGCAGGCUGAGAGAUUUACUUGCUCUUGAAAUGUUUCUGCUGAUAUCUGCCGUGCAUCGUUGAGGCACGACAGAACUAUUUCUAUGAAUAAAGUACUCCAAAAACA